AUGUCGGACGCGGAGGAGGCAGUGGACAAGUCCGAGGGUCACCCCCAAAUUCACGUGGAACCUGGAUGUCGCUGGCCCCCUCCCCACACCUCCGCCCCGGGCUCUGCCUGCCAGCAUGAGUGUGUUCACUGUGUCUGGUUCACUUCUCCAGAACAGGAGGAGGAAGUGGAAGAAGAGGCUGGAGGCGGGACUGACGUGGAGGAGACCAACACAGAAGAAGGUGGAGAAGACGAAGAUAAAGAGGCUGAAGAUGGCCCAGUGGAGGAGUCCAAGCCCAAGCCCAGGCCGUUUAUGCCCAACCUGGUGCCGCCCAAGAUCCCCGACGGAGAGAGAGUGGACUUUGACGACAUCCACCGGAAGCGCAUGGAGAAGGACCUGAACGAGCUGCAGACGCUGAUUGAGGCGCAUUUCGAGAACCGCAAGAAAGAGGAACAGGAGCUGAUCUCCCUCAAAGACAGGAUCGAGGAACGGCGGGCAGAACGGGCGGAGCAGCAGCGGAUCCGGGCGCAGCGAGAAAGAGAGCGGCAGAGCCGCCUGGCCGAGGAGAGGGCCCGCCGAGAGGAGGAGGAGAGCCGGAGGAAAGCUGAGGAUGAGGCCCGGAAGAAGAAGGCUCUGUCUAACAUGAUGCAUUUUGGAGGCUACAUCCAGAAGACGGAGCGUAAAACUGGGAAGAGGCAGACGGAGCGGGAGAAGAAGAAGAAGAUUCUGGCCGAGAGGAGGAAAGUGCUGGCCAUCGAUCACCUGAACGAAGACCAGCUGAGGGAGAAGGCCAAGGAGCUGCGGCAGACCAUCUACGACCUGGAAGCGGAGAAGUUCGACCUGCAGGAGAAGUUCAAGCAGCAGAAAUACGAGAUCAACGUUCUCCGCAACAGGAUCAAUGACAACCAGAAAGUCUCCAAGACCCGCGGGAAGGCCAAAGUCACCGGGCGCUGGAAGUAGAGCCGCAGCUGCCUUCUCCCGGGAUCUGCGCCUCGCGGUGCCCCCGCCCUGCACACCCCCGGCUCCCGGGGUCCCCCAGCACUGGAGGCCCGCUCCCGCCCGCACACCAGGAGCUGGCCCAGCCGGAAGCCGCACUCGUGCCCCACCACGCCCC